AUGAGUGAAGAAUAAUAGCCAAUAGAGGAAAAUUUAUCUCCUAAUAAAUUAGUAGAAGAACAAAAAGAAGAAGUUCUUUAAGAAGAGCAAACAAUCGAAACAGUAAACGAGCAAACUGAACAAUACAAAGAAAUCAUUGAAAUAAAAUAACAUGAAGAGUUACAUAUAUAACAAGAAAUAACAAUUUAAACAAUAAAUAAUACUACAUAAUAAAUAACUGAAUAAUAUAAAGAAGUAGUCCAAAAAAGAAAACAAGAAGAUGAAUAUGAAGAAAGCUUAGUAGAAGAAGAACAUAUAAUCGAAUAAGAAAAAAAUCAUCAAGAAGUAGAACAAGACAAUACUUUCUAAAAUGAAGAAUAUGCCAAAAAUAAAGUAGAAAAUUAAGAAACUCCAAAAGAACCAGGCUCAUAAGAUCAUUUAACAGAUUAAUUUUUUUAUGACGAAAAUGAAUUAGAAAGCACAGUCACUGAUUCAUAAAUAACACGAUAGACAGUAUAAUACCAUAAAGUAUUUGGAUUUGAUUCUAUGAAAAAAUAUAAUGUAAGUGUAUUAGAUAACGAAAAUAUAAUAUAUUCAUGUGGUGUUACUUAUUAAAUAUUAAAUAUUAAUACGUUAUAAACAUAAGUAUUAUUCUCAAAAGAUGGAGGCGGUAUAGGAAGUAUCGCUGUUCAUCCUUCUAAAAAAUAUUUUGCUGUCGCUGAAAAAGGAAAUAAACCUAAUAUUUAUAUAUAUGAAUAUCCAACUUUAAAAUUAUUUAGAAUUCUAAGAAAAGGAACUGAAUUAUCUUAUAGCUCUGUUACAUUUUCAUUUGACGGAAUAAGAUGCGCUUCAGUAGGUUCUAGUCCUGAUUAUACAAUCUCCAUAUGGGAUUGGAAAAAAGAGAUGAUAAUUUUAAAAGCUAAAGCUUUUUCUUAGGAAGUUUAUCAUGUAUAAUUUUCUGAAUAUAGUGAGAAUAUACUCGCAACAUCAGGUUUAGCACAUAUUAAAUUCUGGAAAGUUGCUGAGACUUUUACUGGUUUAAAAUUAAAAGGAGAAAUCGCUAAGUUUGGACAAGUAGAGCUUUCCGAUGUAAUUGGAUAUUAUAUUCAUCCAGAUGGCAAAGUAUUAUCAGGUACUGAAUAUGGAAAUUUACUUUUAUGGGAAGGUAAUCUUAUUAAGUGUGUGAUUUUUAUUGAUGAAUAAAAUAAAUGUCAUGACGGAUGUAUAAAUGCAAUUUUUAAAAUAGAUAAUAAUAUAAUCACAGCCGGAGAGGAUGGUUAUAUAAGAUUUUGGGAUUUCCAAUCAAUAGAAAAUUCUGAAAGUGAUGAUUUUGAUUUCAACGGCAAAAUAAUAAAAUUAUGCCUAAAAGACAACUAUACAUCUUCCGAGUAAACCACUAUAUUAGAAACAAAUUCUGGAAAACUAAAUGACAUUGCCGUUUCCCCAACAUAAAACGCCUCAGUUACAAUAGGAGAUGACGGAGUGGUUCGUCUUUGGGAUUUCGUGAAUAAAAGGGAAUAUUAUUCCCGAAAAUUCCCUUCAAAAGGCACUUGUGUGGAAUGGUUAGCCCAUACCCGAAAAAAUGGUGGCCGAGUAGUAGUUGUAGGCUAUCAAAACGGUAUAGUAAGGUAUUUAUUAUUAAACCAAAUUACCUUCACCCUCUUAAAAAGCCUCAAAGUGCACAAUAAAGCCAUAAAAUACAUAAAAGCAUCACCUGAUGGUUCCAUAGUAGCCGUUUUAUCAAUAGAUGGGAACUUAUUUUUGCUCGAAAAUGACCCUUCAGACAUAAAAAAGCUUGAGCCAAUCUGCUUAUUCGACACUAAACUACAAAUAAACAGCAUGGUGUGGGACCGUAAUGGUGAAAAGUUGCUUUUUGCAGCUGAAGAUGGCAAAAUCUACGAGACUUAAAUUCCUAAAAAGGAAAAUUGUGACACAUCGGAAACUUAUUUACAGAAUUUCUACGCGAAAUCCUACACUAUUAAAAUGAUGGAAUUCCAAAAGCCCAAAACGGAAGAAAUGGAACUCGAAUUCUUACUCAGAAGGAAUAAAAACGAAGAAAAGAAAGAAGAAGUUGAAUGGGAGCCUGAUAGUAUAAUGAAUGCCUGCUAUUAUGAUUAUUCUUGUACUAAAAUACUCGCUACAGUUUCUGGUAAAUAUAUGGGUUGGAUAUAUUUAAUUGAUUGGAAUAAAGAUAGACCUAUAGAGGCUAUUCCGGUGCCUAAAAUAUAAAGUCUAUGCAUGAAUUUCGUUGAUUUCUAGGAUAUUUUACUCAUAGGCUUCAAAGAUGGGUCCUGGUAGUUAAGACAUAAGAAUGAUAUUAAGAUUGGAGUACAUUUAAGACCUCAUGAUAUUGAUUAUGGGGCUGUGAAAAAUGUUUGCUUAAAUUUUAUGAAAAAUUGUAUCCUUUCAGUGGGUGGGGAUGGUACUUUUUCGACAUAUAAAGUGGACAUGGAGGCCAUUAAGUAAAUCUGUAAAGGAAAUAUGGUUGAAAACUUUAUUUUCGCAGACCAAUUUGAAGGCGGAAGUAUAUCAGAAAACACUUUUUCGGAGAAAAUAAUUGAAGAAGAAAAUUAAGAAGAAGAAGAUAUUUUAGACGAUAAUGUAUAUUCAAUUUAGGAAGCCAAGCUUUUAGCCGAAGAAGACUAUAAAAAAUAAGAGGCGAAUAAAAAAAAGAAUAAAAUUCUAGAAUAAGUUUAAAAUCUGGUUAGUCUUUUCGAAGACCAAAAAAGAAAAAAUUUAGAAAUAGAUGAAAUCGCAAGAUUGACAAACUAAGAAUUAUGCGUAGAUCCAGACUAUAUAGAAAUGCUAAAUUAAAGAGUCGAGCAGGAUUUAGAAGAGACUAAAUUAGAAUUAAAAUGGGACGCGGAAUAUUACCAGUUGAAAACUUAGAAAUUAUUUAAAUAUAUGAAAGAUGAACUCAUAGUUGACACUUUUACCGUCAAAGCUAUCAAAAAUCCUAAUAUUUAAAUUAAAAAAGAACUAGAAGAACUCUCCAAAAAAAAGCCAACAAAAGAAUCAUUUGACCCUGAUCAUUAAAAAGACAUUGAAAAUGCGAAAAAAACACUCGGGGAUUACAAACUAAAAUCCUCUCCGACUUACGAUGUACCUGAAAAUCAAAGAAUGAAUGUAAAAAUUAAUAAAUAACUUAAUAUAAAUGAGACUUUAUUUUAGCCCAAAAUUGAUAAAUAGCUCGAAAUGCCCGAAACAUUCUUUUAAGUUACCGAAGAAUAAAUAGACGCUUUUAUUAUUUCCAAAAAUAAAGAAAAUGCUUAAAAUGCUAAGAAUAAACAAACUUAAGAAAAUGAAUAAUAAAAUAAUAAUAAUAAUAAUAAUUAAUAAAAAAAAGAAAAAAAACCAGAUCCAACAUUAGGUUAUAAAUAAAGAAAAGGCGUAAAAGUCCAAAACAGUGAAUAAGAAGAAGAAUUAAAAACCAUUACCUAGAUGAUUUUGAAUGCCGAAAAAAAAAGAAUGCAAGACGAAAUAAAUGAAGAAACUGAAUAAUUUGAUAAAGACGUUUUAAAAUGGCAAAACGAAAAAAAUAUUAUGGAAAGUGAUAUUACUAUAGCAUAAAUGAAAUUAGUCACUUUCUUUUAAGAGUUAUUGAUCUUAGCAGAUAUGGAAGAAUAAGAUGAAAAAUUAAUUAAUGAUUUAUUGAAUUUAUAAAAGGAUAAGUCUGAACUUGAGGAACAAAACGCCAAAAUAGUCGCAGAUCUAGUCACUUUAGCUAAUAAAGAUAGUCAAAACGAAAAAGAACUAGUUGAAUAAUAAAAAGCUUUCAAAGAACUUAUACAUCCUGACGAUGAUGUCAAAAGAGAAAAAAUUCAUCAAUAUUAUUUAAGAAAAUAUAAAAAAAAUAAAGCUAAAUAAUAAAAAUUAAGAAAUGCAGAAGAAGAAAAUGAAGAUUUCGAAGAAGAAGAUAUAGAAAGUGAUGAGGAUGACGAUGAUGAUUUCCUAGAUGAUGAAGACGAUGAAAAACCAGAUAUUUCACCUGUAGAAAAUGAUUCAAAAAUAAGAGAAAUUAUUGAUAAAAUUUGUGAAUUAGAAGAUUAAUAGGAAAAUAAAAGAAAAGAAAAAAGUGAACUUGAUAGAUAAAAAGUUAGUAUUUUAAGUAAAAUUGCUAAUAUAGGUAAUAAUUUAAGAAAAGCUGAAGAAGAAUUAAAAAAUUACUAAAGAAAAAACUUUAAAAAGUUAAUUAAUUAGAUGUCUCUUAUUGUUUAAAAACAGAUUAAAUAUAAAAUAUUAAUAUAUUAAAUUAAGGAGAAAAGAAAGAAUCAUAUAAAUUACCUGAUGAUUUAUCACGUUCUAUAUUAUUCACUUAAGAUGAAUUUAAUAAAAUAGCUAAAAGAAUAAAAGAGCUAAAACUAGAACAAGAAAGAAUAAAAAAAAGCCGUGCAAAUUUAGAAAAGAAACAAAAAGUAUUAUAAGUAAAGCUAAGUAAAAAAAAUGCUGAAGCAGAAGAAUAAUCAGAAAAAUGCCGAGAAAAGCAUUUCCUAAAAUUUGGUGAUGUAAUGGAUUUAAGCACUAUAGAAUAAUUAGAACCUACAAAAUAAGUAUUAGAAAUGA